AUGACCGCCGUAAUCUUGGCUGCCGUCCUUGCGCCCACCGCCAUACCAUACGUCGACGAGAAGAUUCGAGCCAAGACCUUUCACGAUGUUCGAGGCCCUGCGUUCGCCAAGGCCGGCUUUUUCUGCUCGCACGACGACGAGCAGGGCUACCUCUCCCGCGAACAGAUAGUGACCCGCAUAAUCGUUUGUUUCUACUGCGGGGUGCAAGUAUUUUCGAUCCUCGACUGCGAAGAAGACGAUCCGUGGCUGCUACACGCCCGCAGGUCCCCCAAUUGCGUGUUUCUACGAGUGAACAAGACCUAUUACUACGUGCACGAUGCAGUCGAAAAGUUUUACAGGAGCGAGAUGUACUGGGCGUCUCACUUUCCCGAGAUCGACGAUCUCGUCAAGGACCCAAAGUUCCGCAACAGGACUAUGAGUACUCUGUACACGGCCAACCUGACGCAUCCCUUGAACGUAUCGGCGAUGGGGUGCAUCGUAUGCAUGAAGGCUCCGGCUAACAUUGCCUACUUGCCGUGCGGACACUGCGUGUCGUGUUUCGACUGCACCAUAUUAUUCAAACAUUGCAAGGCCUGUAGACUCAAAAUCGACUUUAUUUCUAGAGUCUACUUUGCUUAA